ACUUCCGGUAGGAUCGGGGUACUAGGCGGCUGAGGCGGUGCGGGGCUGGCGUUGUCUCCUGAGCUUUUCCAGGCGUGAGUAGCGAUGGCAGCGGCUUUUCGGAAGGCGGCUAAGUCCCGGCAGCGAGAACACCGAGAGCGAAGCCAGCCUGGCUUUCGAAAACAUCUGGGCCUGCUGGAAAAAAAGAAAGAUUACAAACUUCGCGCAGAUGACUACCGGAAAAAGCAAGAGUACCUCAGAGCUCUCCGGAAGAAGGCUCUUGAAAAAAAUCCAGAUGAAUUCUACUAUAAAAUGACUCGGGUUAAACUCCAGGAUGGAGUUCACGUUAUUAAGGAGACUAAGGAAGAAGUAACUCCAGAACAGCUGAAACUGAUGAAAACCCAGGAUGUCAAAUACAUAGAAAUGAAAAGGGUUGCAGAAGCUAAGAAAAUUGAAAGACUGAAAUCAGAGCUCCAUCUGCUGGAUUUCCAGGGGAAGCAACAGAAUAAGCAUGUGUUUUUUUUUGACACCAAAAAGGAAGUUGAACAGUUUGAUAUUGCCACUCACCUGCGAACAGCCCCGGAACUUGUUGACAGAGUCUUUAAUAGACCCACAAUAGAGACCUUGCAGAAGGAGAGAGUGAAGGGGGUUACCCAGCAGACUCGACUUAAGCGGAUAGCUAAAGAAAGGCAAAAGCAGUAUAACUGCCUGACGCAGCGGAUUGAACGCGAGAAGAAAUUGUUUGUUAUUGCACAGAAAAUUCAAACACGCAAAGAUCUUCUGGACAAAACUCAGAAGGUGAAGGUGAAGAAAGAAACAGUGAACUCCCCAGCUAUUUACAAAUUUCAGAGUCGUCGAAAACGUUGAAGUGGUACAGAUGAGCUUUGUCAUUCCAUACAGAAGAGAAUUCCUUUUUUUUUCCCUGAGUAACUUCACAUUCCAUUAGCCUGAAUGACAUGAUUUUUCCUGUUUGUAAUUUUAUUAUAGAUCUGACAUGUGAUAUUUUUCUGUGGACACCAUUAAAGCCCCUUCCCAUGUCUUAUUGUUUUGAGGGUUGUGAAAUCAGCCCUAGUUUUAUAUUCCUAUAUAUUUUUUUCCUUAUGAAAGUUAUAUAAUCUUAUUACUGCAAAUUUGGAAAAUAAAUGAAUUCUUCCCUAAUCCCAGUACUAAUUGAGGAACAAUAAAUAGUUAUUAGUGCUAGCAGCUAGGGCAAUGAAAGUGAACAAAACUGUGAGCAUUUUGGUUUAUUUCCUCCAUUCUUUUUUUUUUUUUUUUUUUUUUUAAGUUUACUUAUUUAUUUUGAGAGAGCAUGAGCAGGGGCAGGAGAGAGGGAGAGAGAGAAUCCCAAGCAGGCUCUGUGCUGACAGCAAACUGUGAGAUCAUGAGCUGAGAUCAAGAGUUGGAUGCUCAACUGGCUGAGCCACCUAGGCGCCCCUAUUUCCUCCAUUCUAUAAAGGUGUGUACUGGUUUUUAAUUACGUUUUUGUGUUUUGUAGUUGUAAUUACAGUAAACAAUUUUACAUCUUUUUUCACUUCAA